AUUCAGUUCGCCUCCAAGUUCAACCGGCGCUCGGGCGUGCGCCGGUUCUCGCUGCCCAUCACGCCGGUGCGGCGUGAGGGCCGCCGGCCGUCCAUCGUCUCGAUCGCGUCGUCCACGUCCUCCUACACGGGCAGCAGCUCCGACGAGGAUGACAUCUCGCCCCGUGAGAAGACGCAGACGGCCGCCGACGGCUUCGCCGACUUCUGCAUCCGCAACGUGCAGCAGGCGGCCUUCGGGCGGCGCGAGAUCGAGAUCGCGGAACAAGAGAUGCCGGGCAUCAUGGCGCUGAGGAAGCGAGCCGCCGAGGACAAGCCGCUGAGGGGCGCCAAGAUCGUCGGCUGCACGCACAUCAACGCUCAGACGGCGGUGCUGAUCGAGACGCUCAUCUCUCUGGGCGCCACGGUACGCUGGGCCGCCUGCAACAUCUACUCCACCCAGAACGAGGUGACGGCCGCCCUGGCCGAGAAAGGGGUGUCGGUGUUCGCGUGGCGCGGCGAGACAGAGGACGACUUCUGGUGGUGCAUCGACAAGUGCAUCAACGCCGAGAACUGGCAGCCCAACAUGAUUCUGGACGACGGCGGCGACGCCACCCACCUCAUGCUCAAGAAAUAUCCGGCCAUGUUCAAGCUUAUCCGCGGCAUCGUGGAGGAGUCGGUGACGGGCGUGCACCGGCUGUACCAGCUGAGCAAGCAGCAGAAGCUGAGCGUACCGGCCAUGAACGUGAACGACUCGGUCACCAAGACCAAGUUCGACAACCUGUACUCGUGCCGCGAGAGCAUCAUCGACAGUCUGAAGCGCGCCACCGACAUCAUGUUCGGUGGGAAGCAGGCGCUGGUGUGCGGCUACGGUGAGGUCGGCAAGGGCUGCUGCCAGUCGCUGAAGGGGCUCGGCUGCGUGCUGUACGUCUCCGAGGUGGAUCCCAUCUGCGCCCUGCAGGCCAGUAUGGACGGGCUGCGCGUCGUCAAACUGAGCGAGGUCAUUCGCAACGUGGACAUCGUCAUCACGGCCACGGGCAACAAGAACGUGGUCACCCGGGAGCACAUGGACCGCAUGAAGAACGGCGCCCUGCUCUGUAACAUGGGCCACUCCAACACGGAGAUCGACGUGAACUCGCUGCGCACGCCCGAGCUGACCUGGGAGAAGGUGCGCUCCUCGGUGGACCAUAUCAUCUGGCCGGACGGCAAGCGGAUCGUGCUGCUGGCCGAGGGUCGCCUCGUCAACCUCACCUGCUCCAGCGUGCCCUCGUUCGUCGUCUCCAUCUCGGCCGCCACGCAGGCUCUGGCGCUGAUCGAGCUGUUCAACGCCCCGGCUGGCCGCUACAAGGCCGACGUCUACCUGCUGCCCAAAAAAAUGGACGAGUACGUGGCCAGUCUCCACCUGCCCUCGUUCGACGCCCACCUGACCGAGCUGACCGACGAGCAGGCCAAGUACAUGGGCCUCAACAAGGCCGGCCCGUUCAAGCCUAACUACUACAGGUACUAGGAGCUGUACCUGGCUUGGCGUCCGGCCCGAGCCGCCCCGGCCCGGCCCACGGGCGGCGGCCGCCGGGCCUGCCGCGGGCGCCGCCCGCACCGACCGCUGCCGGCCGCAACACCUGCCGACACGCCGCGAUCGUAGCUUAUUGGUGACGCCUGUGUCAUAGAAUGCUUGUCAACCCUCGGCCCGGCUCGAGCGCAGUGCGGAUGUGCGCGGCCGGCGCUCGGCCGGGAAGCAAUGUGUGCUGAACGGCGUGAAUCGAUUUGUUUCGGAGAUGCGGUGUGUUUCUAGCUUUGUGUGAAAUGUUACUGCGCGAUCCGCAUUCGUUCCAAAUUCAGCAGCUCGGCACUGGUAAGUGAGACUGAUGUGGGCGGCUCAUACCUCGGCUAGUUCAAAUGAAGCGGCGUAUGGUCAUCAGCUGUGCCUCGCGUACUUCCAAAUCAUGUGCCCAGCGUGCUUGCGUGGCUUUAGCGCCCAAAGGAGUCGUUCUGCACUCGGCUGACAGUGUAAAUCGGCUAAAGGCCGACGGCGCCCCACCGUCCGCCCGCGGCAUGGGUUUUCACCAACUGUUAGCUGAGGGAGGCGCCGAAGCCGGCUCGUUCGGUGACUGUCGGCGACGGGAGGCGCUGAGGCCCGCUCGUUCGGUGACUGUCGGCCACCGCUGCAGAUGUAUGGUGUCGUUCCGUCUUGGCCACCGCCCGCGUCGGCGGUGGCGCGGACGGCCCGACAGUCUCCCAGUCCGGCACGCCGCCGGCCACGCGCUGCCGACGUCACACGGUCAUCGGCCAGCCGGUCCUCCCGGCCAAAAGCCCAUUGGCAGGUGCCAUUGUGAAGAGGCGUCCGAGAUUUGUGUAAAUGCUUCUAAUGUAAUGGGCUGCUCCGUGUUCGCCUGCUCUCUGGUUUUUAAUCGCGUACGUUGCGGUAACCAUGUAUGGCGGAUUUCGCCGGCUGGUCGCUUCAGCGUGCCCUGCUUCCCAUGGAAACAUCAUGUGGGUCCUUAUCGGGAUAGAUCUUGUUGGACUGCUGAGAAAAUGCGACGUUAGACGAGACAGGUGGUCAUCAGAUUGGUCCCGUGUUCAUAGCUGGUCUUGGAUUGUUCACUUCCUGUCGUGACAAGUUGUCACGAAUCUGGACAAAGCUCAAUGGAUAUGACUAAAGUCGUUUAUCCACUAGCAUCCUAUUGAUGGCGUUUUGGGCGAUUUUAGCUGUGGCGCCAGUCAUUUUGGACGACAAUUUCUCGGAGGUAUUUGGCCUCAAACUUAACUGCGUUGCGUUUUCGCGUUGCAUUUCGUCUAGAGGUGGGAUGACGUGGUGGCAUCCUUUGAUCUUUUCUACUCUUCCGCUCGGAUAUUCAAUAAAUGCCAUCAUUGCAUA